CAUCACAAGGGAGAUAUUCUGUGGUUCAGUUGUUUAUCGAGUGCUGCGCGGUGUCGGAUGUUUUUCUAGUGAAGUUUACAUGAAUAAAUAUAACCUCAAUUGUGCUAAUGUUUAAAUUUUUUGUUGAACGUUCAAUUAAUUUUCAUUCAAUAUGGAGAAAAAGCUCAAGUGGGAAUUUACCAGUAUAUUAGUUUUUACGUGCAUUAUAAAUUUAUGGAAUGUUAUUUUCGCGACAGGUUACAAAAAUUGCCAUCAUGUUUAUCCCAAACAUCACCAGACCAGUAGCAGGGCAUGCUAAUUUAUGUCCUAAUAGUAUUAGUACAAGUCGUACCAACCUGGAGGUUCUACUUUCAACGGUGAAACACGAAAUUUUGCAUGCAUUGGGAUUUUCAAUUAGUCUUUAUGCAUUUUUUCGGGAUAGCGAAGGAAAUCCUCUAACUGAGCGAAGUCCGGAAACUGGCAAACCCGCUUUAAAUGAAUUUUUACAAACUUACCAAUGGAGUGAAAAAGUAAUUAAAACAGUUACCCGACAUUGGCUAGUAGGGCAUGGCUAUAUUAAGAAACAAGUUCAAAUUAUGGUAACACCAAAUGUAGUUCAAGAAGUCCGAGAAUAUUUUAACUGUACUGAACUCGAAGGGGCUGAACUUGAAGAUCAAGGAGAGGAAGGAACGGUUCUUACCCAUUGGGAAAAGCGGGUUUUUGAGAAUGAAGCAAUGACUGGGACUCAUACUCAAAACCCAAUCAUAUCUCGAAUAACAUUAGCACUUAUGGAAGAUACCGGCUGGUAUAUAGCUAAUUAUUCAACGGCAGAAGAUAUGUCGUGGGGUAAAAACUUAGGGUGCGACUUUGCUAUGAAAAGUUGUAAAGAGUGGAUGAACAUAAAAUCAUCUAAAGGAUUUUCAACCCACCCCUUUUGCAAUAAAGUUAAGCAAGAUCCAUUACAAACCGAAUGCACAGAUGAUCGAAAAUCUUUGGCGCUUUGCAAUCUUUUAAAGUACCAAGACGAACUUCCAAAAAUGUAUCAGAAUUUCGAUAAUUUGCCAAACGUAGAAGUAGGAACGGAAGGCUAUUAUGGAGGUUCAGUAUCACUUGCUGAUUAUUGCCCUUACAUCCAAGAAUUUACUUGGAGUUCUGAUAAUGUAAUUGUUAGAGGAUCGCAUUGUCAAUUCAUCGAAAACAACCCAAAGCCAGACAAAAAUUUUGCUAUAGAACGGUAUGGACAAUAUUCAAGAUGUUUUGAACACACUCAACAUAUUUGGGAAGAGAAAUCUUGUAGACAGGUGCGACAAUGGAAGCAUUGGGGUUCUGGAUGCUACUCAUACAAGUGCCAAAAUGGAAGACUGCAUAUAGUGGUAGGAAAUUAUUCGUACCAGUGCUACCAUGCUAACCAGGAAAUUUCUAUACGAAUAGUAAGCAACGGUUGGCUGCAUAAAGGUGGAAUUAUUUGCCCUCCGUGCAAGGAACUCUGUUCUAAGGAAUUUGCGGCACACGGAAUUGAAUGUAAGAUGGGCGAAGAAGCUCCACCCUCAACGUCCUAUCCCAGAGAUGAUCUCGUAUGCGAUUCUAAUGUUGCCAAAAUGUUUUUUCCUUUAUUCGUUAUGUUAACCUUGGUCCAUAAUCUAAUUUGAAACAUUCCGGCAACAAUUCGAUUCAACAAUUUUUUUAUUGCGUAAUGAUUCGUCCAUAAAUUGUUAGUGAUCUUCAAUAUGACGGUAAUUAAAUGUUAAAAAGCAUACUCAAACCAAACACAAUACACGGCAAUCGUGUUGUUAAAUGUGAUUUUUUAGUAUAAUUACAUUUGAAUAGCUAGUGUUUGAGAUAUUAAAUCUGAAAUCAGAUUUGUAAAAUAUGUAAAUGAUAGAAUCUGUGUUAAUUAUUGAUUAUUUUUAUGCUCCAUUUAAGAGUCUUGUAUUAAAGGCUUGAUACUAUAGAUGGUAAAUUUGAACCUCGCGGAAGCCGGAGGUAUAGUUGGUCUCUACUUGAGUUUUCCCACCUGGCUGCACUUAGUAAUAAAUAAAUCCUUAAUCAAUCCUUUUAACAAGCGUUAUAACUUAACUUUGAAUGUUUUUGAUAAGUUCUAAUUACAUUAUAAAGAUGCUACAAAUGUACAGUGAGAAGUAAAACAAAUUGUAAAAGAUGUAGAUUAAAAAUAAAGUUUUAUGUUAA